ACGAAGACUUCUCGUCUUCUCAGUCAGUCACGAUGAGAGAGAUACAGAGAGGUGCAGACAGAGUAACGGAGACGACCCGUCGACCACAGUCCCUCACCGACAGACGACCCCUGUCCCUCACCGUUAGAGAACCAACACCGAGAUCCACUUGGUCCGAUCGUCGCACAAAAACAACUGAAGA